GGGUGCUAAUCAAAGGAGCCAAUACUGCAUGAUACGCCUCUCGUAGCUCUCCUCACGAAUUCAUUACGAGGGAUUCCUCUUCUCUAUCCAAAACUCGUUAAUUUUCACCCUACAUGAACACCGCGGAGGGUCAACUGCCAACAUGGACAGCAUAAAGCUCCCUGGAUUUACAAAUGCGACGGUGCUCCAUUACAAUUCACGCACUUCGCUUAUUAUCCAACGGGCGCGGCGAAAUGACAAUCCAAAUGAAACCGUGAUAUGCAAAGGGAAUGCUUUCUACGACGAGGAAGAGAAUAUCAAACUCAAGCACGAGUACGAAUUACUGAAACAUAUCCAUGCCAACCUCGCGGAACUCGAAGCAUCGAGGACGAAAGGGUCUGGAGUUAGCAAAUCAAGCGGGGGUCAUUCGACGCAAUCUCCGCGAUACCAUUACUAUAAGGCGUCUGGGCAGGGGUCCGGUUCUCCAUCAUUCUCAUCAAAUACCCAGCAAUCACGCUGUCAGCAACUAGAAGCCGUCACCGAGGAGCAACACAUGUACAGUUCGGGUCCUACACCUCCGCCACCAUCUGAACGCAAAGGUUUUACGACCGGGCGGAGGCCGCGGAGCACCAGCUUGACCCACGAAUCCAUAGAAGGGGCACUGUCGGAUAGAGUCAUCAAGCCAAUUUCGGUAGAAGAUCUCAACGGGCAGUUGAUACUAGUGUUGGAAGAUUAUGGGGGCGUAUCUCUGAGAGAAUUCGCCCUAUCAAAGCCUACUGAGAGCAGCAGGCCAGGAAACUCAUCAGUUCCUGGGUCAGCGGCGGACAGCGACGCUGGAAAUGGGGGACCCAAAUUCAAAGAUGGCAGUCGUGAGAAGUUUAGUCGCAAAAACCGGCAGAUUGGACUGGAGGAGUUUUUGAGCAUAGCGACGCAGCUAGCGGAGGCUCUUGAGAUUGUGCAUGCCGCACAAGUCAUGCAUAAGGAUAUCAACCCCGACAAUAUCGUGGUGAAAAGGACAGGCCCACAUUUGGGCGUCCAGCUGAUUGACUUCAAUCUGUCUGAAGUCACAGACAUGGGGAAUCAGAUGACGAGGGGUUACCUCGAAGGCACUCUUGCCUACAUGUCCCCAGAGCAAACAGGGCGAAUGCAACGAAUUGUCGAUUAUAGGACAGAUUUCUAUAGUCUGGGACUCACGCUGUGGGAGGUUCUGGUCGGACAACCUCCAUUUCAGUUCGAAGAUGCCACGGAGUACGUGCAUGCUCAUUUGGCGAAGGAGGUCGAGUCGCCUCGACUUUAUAACGACGCAAUCCCGCAAAUAUUCGUGGACAUUGUCAUGCGGCUUGCCAGCAAAGCACCUGAAACUCGCUAUCAGUCGAGCGCCGGGCUCCGCUGGGAUCUCAUGCAAUGUUUCCACCAACUCCAGAAGGAGAAAGCGUCAAGAAAAGUCUCUGCCCUAUCCAGAUUAUCAGAUGCGGACGUGAUCGCGAUACUCGAUGGGUUCAAUUUCCAAGUUGGUCAAAAGGAUCACUCGCACAACCUCAACGUUCCGGAUAAGCUGUAUGGACGCGAGAGGGAGAUGAAAGAGCUGAUGACGGCGUAUCACAAUAUUGCCACCGGGCGGAGCCGUAGCGAGCUUUGCCUCAUCAUUGGGUCUAGUGGAGAAGGAAAGAGCUCCUUGAUCAGCCAUCUUAGGAAGCAUGUGAUUGCACAAAACGGGUUCUUCGUUCAUGGUCAAUACUCCCAAUACAAAGGCGAUCGCCCAUAUGGUGGACUUGUCGAAGCGCUUGACAUGCUGAUUCGGCAGCUUCUAUCCGAGCCGGCGAGGAUCUUGGAAAGAUGGCAAUCUCAAUUGACGACAUCGCUAGGUUCCAAUUACCUUUCCAUAGUGACCGACGUCUUGCCCGAUUUGGAGAUGAUAGUGGGAACACAAAAAGACGCGACGGAGCAGUUUGAUGCUCAAUCGGCGGAGCAGAACUCCUUCAUCAGAGCCAUGCAGGCUUUGAUCGGAGUUUUUGCUCAGGUGGAGAACCCGUUAGUGGUAUUUUUGGACGAUUUGCAGUAUGCAGAAGCAGCUUCGCAAAAACUCCUUCAAGCUAUUCUGUUCGAUAAAAAGAUCUCACACCUGCUGAUAGUGGCGACGCAGCCUCACAGUGGCGGCCCGCUGAGCAAUGCAUAUGGUCCAACCGUUCAGCGAAUACAGUUUGAGGCGCCACAGCGAUUGCGGAAGAUUGAGCUCGGGCCCUUGCCAAUGUCGGGAAUUCGUGAUAUCUUGGUCGAUACGCUGAAGCCAGCCGUCGAGGAUGUUGACCAGCUUGCUGCGUUACUCUAUCGAAAAACAAUGGGAAAUCCUUUCCAUAUCCGCGAGUUCUUACGCUACGGGGAACAGCAUGGUCUCCUUUAUUUUGAUGACGUCGCUGGAGGGUGGUCUUGGGACAUACAGGAGAUGGAUCGGCAGUCUGUCUUGAGCGAUAAUGUGGCGGAGCUGCUCCUGACGAGAUUGAGGCAGUUCAGCCCAGAGACGCAGAAGCUACUUCAGCAGGGAGCAUGCAUCGGGGAUGGCUUCGAUCUUCGUUUACUUUCUCUCAUAUCGGAAAGUAGCAUUGUGCAAUUGGCCACCGACCUGUGGCCGGCUGUCAAAGAAGGAUUCAUUCUAGCUCAGCCUCAUAAUGAAGUGCUCAUUCGCGGAAAUUCAACGAUGUCGCGGAGUUCGUCGGGUUCUGUAACAUCUCAGCGUCUUGGCCAUCGGUCGUCUAUGUCUCUGGGGAUCAUGAACUCACGGCAGUCUGUGGGUGAAAUGGUGCUGGCAUACAGGUUCUGUCACAGCCGCCUGCAUCAGGCAUGCUACAACCUCAUGGAUGCGGAAGAGCGAGAUGCUACUCAUCUCAACAUAGCGCGGGUUCUUCGGCGGACCAUGACGGAGGAAGAAGUCCUGGAAAACGUAUUCCCUGUAGUAUCUCACUACAACCGCAUCUGGGAGAAGCUGACAGAUCCAGAGGAGCGCUAUUAUGCGGCCCGGCUGCAUUACGAGGCUGGCGUCCGCGUCAAACGUUCUGGAUCAGUGCUUGCGGCGCGAAGAAUGCUGAACACUGCCGCAGGACUUCUGGGAGAUGAUAGCAAUGCGUGGGAUGCUCAAUAUGAGCUGAAGUUUAAUACCUGCCUAGCCAUUGCCCAAUUAUCCAUCUUGGAAGGACUGUACGACGAAGCGGAAAUGCACUUGCGCGGGAUGGCCAAGCGAGCCAAGUCGACGAAGGAUCAGUUAAUCGCUAACAGUACGCUUGUUAUCGCAUACUACGUGCAAGGGCGCUUUACCGAUAUCAUCGGCAUGGGCGUAAAAGAUCUUCAGUCGUUUCAAAUAGUUACUCCUGAAAACGAACAGCAGGCUGAGGACUUGGCUGCUAUCGAGUUCUCGAAGUUGGAAACGCUGCUUGAAGGGCGUACUGUUGCGGAAGUUGCGUCUGCCCCUCGCUGCUCCGAUGCGACGGCAGGAAGGCUCGAAAUCAUUCUCAUCCAUGUUGGAGGCGCUGCAAACUCCCUCGGGCUGAGCAGCCAAGCCCAGUAUUACUAUCUCAAGGGAUGUGUUCGAGCAUUGGAGAAUGGUUUAGGCCCGGACAGUUCUGUCUUGUUUGCGUACAGCGUUCGAAGCUUCACCUCCGCUAGGGGUGGUCCACGGUUCAACAGAAUGCGGUGGCUAUCUGAGCUCGUUUUUGCGCUUCUGGGCAGGGCAAGUACGGAGGUUCAAGCGAGGGCACGGCUUGCUCUUGCUCUGCAUGGCUACGUGUAUGUCGCCUCCUUUAAAGACUUCGAAGCAAAUAUCGACGGAUGCAUCACGUCGGGCUUGGAAUCAGCACAUUACUCCGUGCUCAUUUAUGCAAUGGUGGCGUGGCCCGGCAUUCUGUUGUCAUACGGUCGCCCGGCAUCCUCAUGGAGAGACUGGGAAGAACGACACCGGCCUUUCAUGGAGAAGAUGAAAGGCUAUUUUCUCAACGUCUGGGCGGGAACAAUGGCGGAGCUAGAGGCGCUGGCUACUGGCAAUGAAUGUGUUUACCAGCGUCGCGAUGUCAUGGCCACGGGGAUGAGUCGCACGAUGGUAUACUACUACCGUCUGGUAAACGCCUACCUUUACGAUCGGGAAGAUCAAAGAUCACUCCUGGAGCAAUACAAACAGGAGAAUAGUCCCAAUCACUAUAUCGGACUUCCAAGAUACAUCGACUUCUAUGUAUUCCAAGCCUUGAUUGCAGCACGGGAGUGGGAUCGCCCAGACCGUGAUAGAGCCCUUCUUCAAGCUGAGAUCGAUGAGGCGUACGCCAUCGUGAAACGGUAUGCGGAAGAGCCUCCGAGUGAGAUAAUGUGUAAAUUCCUGAUGGUAGCGGCAGAGAAGGAGCGUAUCGCUGGCAACGUUACCGCCGCUCGCCGAUAUUACGAUGAGGCAUUGGAUUCAGCGCAUGCCCAUGGUUUCCGGUUGCAGGAAGCUCUGACGACAGAGCUGUACGGUGGAUUUUGGCUGCAACAAGGAUCAAAACGCCUGGCUCGGGCAUGUCUUCAUGAUGCUUACGUUCUAUGGUAUUCGUGGGGCAGCGAAGGAAAAUGCCGGCAUCUACAGACGAAAUAUCCGGAUGUGGUGGAUCUAUAUCUGUUGACCAAGGCGAUGCCGAGUAGCCGGUUCAACAGCCAGAUGCCGGGUCUGACCACGCGCUCUCAAGGAACGGAACAAGCGGGCUCAAAUACCGUCGAUCUCGACUUGACGACAGUACUGAAAGUGACUCAAUCUAUAACCAACGAGACAAGCUUGGAAACCCUGCUAACGAAAAUUAUCAAGUUCGUUAUGGAAAAUGCUGGUGCAGAGAAAGGAUUGCUGGUCCUCCGUCAAGAUGGCAAACUGAUGAUUGAGGCCAUCGGCAUUGUUAAUGAAGGCGAAGAAGUUCAACGGGUAUUGCAGCAUGUACCCGUCGAGCAAGCCUCUAGCGAUGAAGGAGUUCCGCUGUCGGUUGUAUAUUACGUCUAUCGAACGAGGGAGCCGAUCGUGUUAGCGGACGCCAGUCACGAUGAAACGUACGGGAAGGAUCCAUACAUUGCCGAGCGCGGAACGAAGUCCAUUCUAUGCUGUCCCAUCAUGCAUCAGAAUGCCGUGACCGGGGUAGUGUACCUGGAGAAUGAUCUGCAGCCCGGCGCAUUCACCGGCGACCGGCUUGAACUCAUACAGUCAUUGAUGAGUGCUGCUUCAAUGUCGAUCGAGAACGCUAAACUGGCGAAAACGAACAACGAGCUCACCGCAGCGCUAAAAGAUUCCAGCUCAAAAGCAGCGCCACGGUAUAAUCUCGAUGGACCCAUCAAGAAGACGAUCGAUAUGUUGCAGAGCUUCAAGUUCCGACUGCCACCGGGCGACCCAGGCAUAAAGCAGAUCGAUUUUAUCAUGAAAGCUCUGACUUCAACCGACUUCUUCUCUUCGAAUAUCGACGAGAUCAACGACGAGACGGGAAAAGGCCUCGAUUCCGAUACAAAAAACUGGAUCGAAAACUCUCUCUUGCAGAAAGAGCAGCGACGGAGUCGAGGUAACGACGCCAAAGAGGACAUGUUCGCUGCGAAGAAUGAGUUUGAAUUGGUGAAGCACGCCAUAAAAGCCGACGGCGCGCCAACUCCACGACCAGCGGCCGAGAUAGUCUCCAUGAAUAUGGACCGGGUCAAUGAGCUGUUGAAAAAAUCGACAACGGCUGAUUUCAACAUCCACGAUCUUGCGGAAGCGACCAAUGGGCGCCCUUUAUACUUCCUAGGGGUGCAUCUCUUGCACCACUGGGGGUUGGUGCAGCACUUCUCGCUGGACGAGAUGAAGCUCCGCGCGUUCUUUCAGGAGAUUGAGGCUUCGUACCAUCCAUUACCGUAUCACAAUAGCUCCCAUGGAGCAGACGUUCUCCAAACUUCCAACAUGCUACUGUUAAGCGACCCAAAAAUGGCCGCGAACUUCACCAAACUGGAGGUGUUUGCGGCGUGUAUAGCCAGUGCCGUUCAUGAUGUAGAUCACCCGGGGUUGAACAACAACUUCCUUGUACAGUCAUCGCACCCAUUAGCGAUAUUUUAUAACGACAUGUCUGUUCUCGAAUUCCAUCACUCAGCGAAAGCCUUUGAGAUUGCUCGGCGGCCAGAAACCAAUGUGUUUGUUGGGCUGUCAAACGAGCAAUAUAGAGAAGCUCGAAAGCUGAUCAUCAGUAUGGUGGCAGCGACAGAUAUGUCUCAGCACUUCCACUACAUUAACAAGUUGAAGGGAAAGAUCGCGGCAUCUGCGCUAAACUGGGAGGAGCCGUCGGAUCGAUCUCUCAUCUUGGAGUGUGCCAUCAAGUGCGCGGACCUGAAUAACUCCGCCAAGCCACUGGAGCAAUCCCGCAAGUGGGCCUUUUCAGUCAUGCAGGAGUUUUUCCUCCAGGGCGACAGGGAAAGGAAGCUUGGCAUGCCAGUGUCGAAGUUCAUGGAUCGGUACGACACGCACAUUCCCAAAUGUCAAAUAGGGUUCAUCGACGUCCUGGUAGUCCCGCUCUUCGACUCCUGGGUACAAUGCAUUCCAACGAGUUUCUCGCGUCAAUGCAUGGACAUGAUUGUGCAGAAUCGAUCCCAUUGGGAGUCGAUAUUAGACAAACCGGACGCCGUUCCCGUUUUCCAUCCACCGCCAGAUGAGGAACGCGAGGAUUUUCAGAUCGCUGCGCCAUCGACGCCGCCCUUUGGCGCGCAACCGCCUUCAACACACUCAAUAUCGGAAGAAGACAGUCCGGAACCAUUUCCACGGGUGACGGUGGACUCGCCGCGGCGGCCGGGAGAUGUGGGCCGCCGUAUGAGCAGCCCGCAUGUGCUUUUGAGCGCUAGAGCGGGGUCUGCAGGCCGAGGGUCACCCGAUCGGGGAAACCCAGUGGUGGGGAAGAAAAUCCCGAAAUCAUCCUCGGGCGGCAGUAUUAAGAGUUGGAUCGAGCCUUUACCGCCACCAAACUUUGACAAGUCAUAUGCGACUGACAGCCCUCGGCUGUCGAUACACCGUCGCUCUUUUGGGCAGAUAUCUCUACCCACCGAACCAGUAGCGGCCGCGCAGAAGCUACGAGUCGCUCUGCCGUCGAUAACACCGAUACCACGGAGUUCGUCCGGCCUCGAAGACAUCCAGCAAUCACCGGCAACCGAGCGGUCGAACUCACCCGCGUUAUUACUGAAACGGCUAGGAAGCGGCACGGACGGUAAUUCUCGACCAAAUUCAUCCGUGAGAACGUCUGGACUAGCUUCAUGAUCGACACCACCGCAACUAGCCGCACCACAUACGCACUCAUUCACAUCCGAUUUGAGGGAAUCCAGUUCCUUCAACCCCUCAAUUUUGUUUAUAUAGUGAUACCUUCCUAUCAAUUCCGUUUCUUUCUACAUUUGCUGUCACGCCCAAUCCAAUCACACUUUUACAAGUUGCCAUCAUCGGCGAUGCCUCCGGCAGAGGUACAAUGAUGUGGAUGGCAGAUAACCACCACGGAAAAUUCUAG